GAGAGGCGUUAACAAUGGCCUCUCUUUCUCUCUGCUCCGCUCACUUGUCUUCAACUCCGACUCGCUCCUCGCUUCCCACUUCAUCGCUUUCUCCUCCUCUGUCUCUCUUCCCAUCACCGAUCAUCCGUCGCAAUAGUAGUAUCUUCUUCACCAUCACCCCGCCACGCCAGAUUCCUCAAUCCUUCCCAACAUCCACUUCUCUGGUAAGGUGUUGUGCAAAGGAGCCAUUGAAGGUGAUGAUAUCGGGUGCACCAGCUUCAGGAAAAGGCACUCAGUGUGAGCUCAUCGUUCAAAAGUUUGGUUUGGUGCACAUAUCAACGGGGGAUCUUUUGAGAGCAGAGGUGUCAUCCGGGACAGAGAUCGGGAAUAAAGCAAAAGAGUUCAUGAACUCGGGUAGUUUGGUCCCGGAUGAGAUUGUAAUUGCGAUGGUGGCUGCAAGAUUAUCACGUGAAGACGCUAAAAAGCAUGGAUGGCUUCUUGAUGGAUUUCCACGGACUUUUGCUCAGGCACAAAGUCUGGACAAACUAAACGUCAAACCAGACAUUUUCCUCUUAUUAGAUGUUCCUGACGAAAUUCUAGUCGAGCGAUGUGUUGGUAGAAGGUUGGAUCCAGUGACUGGAAAAAUUUAUCAUAUUAAAAGUUACCCUCCUGAAUCAGACGAAGUUAAAGCAAGACUGGUUAUACGCCCUGAUGACACAGAAGAGAAGGUAAAAGCACGUUUGAAAAUAUACAAACAAAAUUCAGAAGCUAUUAUUUCUGCAUACUCAGAUGUUAUGAUCAAGAUCGAUGCAAACAGGCCAAAAGAAGUGGUCUUCAAGGAGACUGAAACUCUUCUUUCUCAGAUACACCUACAAAGAAUGAUAAAGACUGAUAAAGCAUCUCCUGUUCAGGAUAACUGGAGAGGAAUACCGACGAAACUGAAUAACAUUCCUCAUUCGAGAGAUAUCAGAUCUUAUUUUUAUGAAGAUGUUCUGCAAGCCACAGUCAGGUCGAUCAAAGAUGGAAACACUCGUCUUCGGGUAGAUAUAAAUAUCCCUGAGCUAAACCCUGAAAUGGAUGUUUACCGGAUAGGAACCUUGAUGGAACUGGUUCGAACUCUAGCUUUAUCAUUCGCUGAUGAUGGAAAAAGAGUGAAGGUAUGUGUUCAGGGGUCAAUGGGGGAAGGUGCACUCGCUGGGAUGCCACUGCAGUUGGCUGGCACUCGAAAGAUUUUAGAAUAUAUGGACUGGGGUGAUGAUGAAACUUUGGGAACUUUCGUCAAGCUUGGUGCAAUUGGUGGUAAAGAAGUUGAUGAAGAAGACGACAUAUUCAUCUUAGUGGCUCCACAAAAUGCCGUUGGAAAUUGUAUCAUAGAUGAUCUACAAGCGAUGACUAGUGCUGCUGGUAAGAGGCCAGUUGUACUUAUCAAUCCUCGCCUCAAGGACUUACCCGCUUCAAGUGGCAUAAUGCAAACAAUGGGCAGGGAAAAAAGACUUGAAUACACCUUAACAUUUGACAAUUGCUAUGUAUUUCGGCUACUUUAUUAUGCUGGAACACAAUACCCGAUUAUGGGCGCUCUAAGGUACUUUUGGGAUGUGACUAUCAAGAAAAAGCACGAGAAAAUCGUGUCUGAAUCUUCUUUUACACUGAAUAUGGUUAGGAUGUCUUAUCCUUACCGGUAUGAGCUUUACAAGAGGAUGACUGAGGAAAAUGGAAAGGAAAAGUAUGUAUUGAUAUCAACAUACUCUGAAAGGCCAACCCCUGACCAAAUCAACGAUGCCUUCUCUGGAAAAUCUCGGGAGGAAAGCAAGAAGCCUUCAGGAAUCUGGGGGUUCCUAGGCAGCGGAUUUUUCUAGAGGGGGGAAGCUAAAGUUGUGAUACUACUUUUGGCCCUUUUUUUUUGUCAUCUAAAUAUUUCGUUCAUUUUCAAGGUCAUCAAUACAACCUACCUUAUCUUUACACCCGCUAGUAUACCAAAAAAGUACAGCCCUAAAAGCCACACUGAGUAAAAUAAGAGAGGCCAAACGGUUCUCAUUUUCAGAGAGGUCCUGCAACCAAAAAGGAUUAUCAUGCAGCUACAUAGGAUUCAGUUCUUGCAUCCACAGUCACACUUUGAGCAAUGAGAAAUGCACCUUUAUUUCUCUUUCUCACUUCCUUUGUCACCCUCCACCCUGCAAUAUUUACUUAGCUUAAGCAACAUGUUAGCUCCUGUUUGAUCCAAAAAUGGUGUUUUUUGUAGAAUCAUAACAAUAAAAGAUUUAAGAAUUUGAUUCUUAAAUCGUUGAGGUUUAGGAGAAAUCAACAAAUAAAUCGAAUGAGAAUAGAACAUCAAAGAGAUUUAUUGAUAUGAUUCAUUACAUUGAGUGAAUAUAAAUGUAAAGUAAAUCUAUAAAUCCCUAAGAAGUGUUCUUAGUAUAAAAAUGAGAAGAGCAUCCCCUCUAAUAAGGAGGUAGUUCCUUAUUUAUAGGAAUGUGAGAACUAGGGUUUCCUAGUGAGAUGGGCUAAUUCAUUGUCUUAAUGGGUCUUAUUGGUGGUAAAACCCAUGUCCAACA